GUCAACCAACUCCAAGAGCUUCGAUCCGAUACCCCGAUCCGUUGAAAGCUUGUUUUGUAGGUUUUAUUCAACCACACUAUCGAUCGGACUCCCGAAUUCCAAGAUCCUGGAAAUACUGUUCUCUCGAGAUGGAUGCCUCCUCGUUAAGCUCGCAAGACUCGGCCCAUUUGAACCGAUUGAUCGAGCAGAAACAGAUGAAAGACUUCCUGAAAUUGUACUCUUCGUUGGUCGAGAGAUGCUUUAGUAGCUGUUGUCAAGACUUCACUUCUAGAGCUUUAUCAUCCAAAGAAGAAAGUUGUGUAAACAAUUGUGCGGAUAAAUUCUUGAAACAUUCCGAACGAGUGGGCGCGCGGUUUUCGGAACACAAUGCGGAGAUGAUGCAGAAACGAGCUUAACUGAUCUCGAGACAUAUAUACAACAUGAUAACUAUUAAUAAUUGUAUUGACAAGCCGUUGGAGUCCAGUUCUGCUUUCCGCCACGAAUGUCGAGACGAGCGAAAUGAGAACAUCAGAGCACCUUUUUUUUAUUACAUUGAUUGUCUCUGUCACAAACAAUACACCAGCCUUGGUGUUAUACGCUGCAUUCGACGGUGAUGGAUGCACAGCUUAUGUCAUGCUAUUAAAAGAGACCGAGAAAGGGCUUUAAAAAUGUGUUGGAAUCUAUAGUGUCCCAGCUACUCUUUAUAUGCUCCAAUCCAACGCAGAUUUUGCACUUGCGCAUUUUUUUUUUCU